AUGAGAAAGCGACUCCACGAUGCUACUUCCUCCUCCUCCGCCGGUGAAUUGCCACCUGAAAAGCGAAUCCGGAGAACCAAAACUAUCUGCUCUUGCAACUCUCCUCGUCCUCCAUUUCUCUCCGCUCAUUCCACUUUCUCAUGGUUCGACGAGGAUAUUUGGACAGAGAUAGCGAAGUUUCUAGAUGGAAAAUCUCUGAUAAUGCUUGCAACCACAAACAAAUGGUUCCGCCGUGCUAUCAUGGAUGACGGUAUUUGGAAGUUCGUGUCCUUGCGUGAUCUUCAAGUCCCUUCCCCGCAACGCGUGGCAUUCAAGUGGAGCAAGCUCUACACUUCAGCCUUUGAUGGGAGCCACUCCUACAAGUUCCGUCAGCAAGAGAAACACAUUGAUUGGAUGCGCAUAGGUGCUUUUUACUUUGAUUCUUCAGUAGCCCUGCUUACAGAGAGACUGAAUUUUCCGGGAGAGUUAAGGAAAGAAGAAUCCAUGGAAAAGAUGUUGCGGUCUCACGGUUGUUGCUUUCUUGAUAAUAUUAAACCGGGAAUAUGGAUAGCAGAUCUGCAGCUUGUUCGGUGCCCCGUUUGUGAUCUCAAUACUUGCGAUGGAACAAUGCAGACAUUAGAUGCAAGGCACAUAGAACUAUUCCUCUGUGAAGACUACCAAAAUGGGAGCUGGGAAUACGAGCUUGUAGGAUCUCAUGAUAUCAAAAAACGAGCAGAUGGGGCUGCUGGUGCCAUUUUUGACGUCAAACAUUUGGAGAAUUCUUCUACCUCUGCUGUAUUUGAUUACAAAUCAUGGAUUGGGAAACAUAAUGAUUGGCAACCAAAGGCCAUGAUUGCUUUCCAUGCAGUAGCUGUGAACACUAAUUUACAAGAUAAUGAAGGUCUUCAUGUGAAAUACCAAGCUAUGAGGGCAGGAACUAAUGGAGAAGUUGUUUCCAUGAGAAUUUCUCAGCAGCUGCUCUGACUCAUCUCUAAAUCGUCUUCAAGAAGGGCUAGGGUGGGGUAGUUCAUCCCUAGCCUUUAAAAUGCUCUCUGACAUUUUUAUACAAGACUAUAAUACUCUUACUCUUACAAAUGAAAACAAAUAUUGUACACCCAUUUUUUAAUUUCCCACAUGUAGCUAAUGGUUUAAACAUUGAAAGACCAUAAUGAUUACCAUUUCCAAAUGAAAAGUUGAAAAUUAGUAGUGGAAAAAC